UCAUCACACGCAAACCCUAACGCCCCCAAACACACACACAAAACCCUUCUCUCUCUCUUUCUCUCUCUUUCCUCUCUACAAUACAAGAAGCCAUCUCAUUGGACACCGCCACACCAGAUCACACUCUCCCUCCCUUCCUCCCACGCUAGUUGAGCGCGUACCUACACGCUCCAACACAGAAGAGAACAACAAGAACAAGAAGAAGAAGAUGACCAGCCAUGACUAUCUAUGAAUGAGUGAAACAACAGAAGUGGUUCGGUUGUGAGACUUGUGUGUUUUUUGAGUGAGUAGUACUUUCACUGUAACUCCUCUUUUUAUUUCGACGGCUCAGAUUGGAUUUACUUUCUGAUCCUUAAUCUUCGCCCUUCAUUUCAUUUUCAGUUUCUUAAUUAAAUACUAUCGUUUCUUCCUUCCUUCUUUCGUCCCACCUGGACUUUUUUCAUCUGACUCAGACUCGGAAUUACUGUAUUGCCCUUUCCUUCCCCAUGAAACCAACAAAUUUGUUAGGAUCAGGUACAUCAUAAGCAUCAUCAUUAUUAAUCAAUUGGAAAGGUUACCCAGUUAGAGAUUCUUCAACUAAGCAAGAGUUUUGUUAAGCAUUAUGGGAACUGGGGAAGAGAACGCAGCUUCUAAGGCUUCAAAACCAGCAUCUUCAACUCAGGAAAUUCCAACUGCACCUUCAUAUCCUGAUUGGUCGAAUUCCAUGGCUUAUUAUACUGCUGGUGCUACUCCACCGCCCUUUUUCGCCUCAACAGUUGCUUCUCCUACUCCUCAUCCUUAUAUGUGGGGAAGUCAGCAUCCUCUAAUGCCACCAUAUGGAACCCCAGUUCCUUACCCGGCUAUGUAUCCACCUGGGGGAGUUUAUGCCCAUCCUAACAUGGCCACUACUCCUGUGUCAAUGCAGGUGAAUCCCGACUUGGAUGGGAAGAGCGCAGAUGGCAAAGAACGAGCUUCAGCCAAGAAGUCUAAAAUUAACUCUGGCAGUACAGGAGCGGCUGGUGCUAAGGUUGGGGAGAGCGGAAAAGCAACUUCAGGUUCAGGAAACGAUGGUGCUUCACAAAGCGCUGAAAGUGGAUCAGAGGGUUCAUCAGAUGCUAGUGAUGAGAAUAAUCAACAGGAGUUGUCUGGUAGCAAGAAAGGAAGCUUCGACCAAAUGCUUGCAGAUGGAGCCAAUGCUCAGAAUAACUCUGCUGGUUCCAUUUUGCAAGCUUCAGUGUCUGGAAAACCUGUCGGCUCGAUGCCAGCAACCAACCUGAACAUUGGGAUGGACUUAUGGAAUGCAUCUUCUGGUGGCGGUGGAGCCACAAAGCUGAGACCAAAUCCAUCAGGUGCCUCGUCAUCUGCUGCUUCUGCAUCGAUGAUUGGACGUGAAGGUGUGAUGCCCGACCAAUGGGUUCAGGAUGAACGUGAACUAAAAAGACAGAAGAGGAAGCAAUCCAAUAGGGAGUCAGCUAGGAGGUCAAGAUUACGAAAGCAGGCUGAAUGUGAAGAGCUACAAGCAAGGGUGGAGACCUUGAGCAACGAAAAUCGUUCACUCAGAGAUGAGCUGCAGAAACUUUCAGAGGAAUGCCAAAAACUUACAUCCGAGAAUGGUUCUAUUAAGGAAGAAUUAACACGGUUGUGCGGCCCAGAAGUUAUAGCAAAUCUCGACCAUCAUCAAACUCGUAGUGGUGAAAGCAACAGUUAAAAGGAAACGAAGUCCUGGCUUUAAUUGUCAUCAUGAUUAGAGUAGAAAUUUAAUUAAAACUACGGAAAACAGUGAUAAUCCUGGCUUCAAUUGAGCAUAGAACACUUAUUUUUCGCUACUAAUUUACAACCUUUUAACAACUCCCAUCUUUGUAACUGUAACUUUAAAUUAAAUUCAAAACUGAGUUUGAACA